CGUUACGUCAUCAGCAGCGCGAGCCAUAAAGAGCCGAGGAGGAGAAGGAGUGAGAGAGUGAGAGAGAGAGUGCACCGCUCUGAACCUGGACACGCCGCGGAGUCCAGCCCGACAUGGACAUGUACGCUCACGAGCUCCACAAGCCCGGACGGUGCGCCUUCAGGAGCAUUAAGGUUUUUGUCCUCUGCCAGGGUCUGCUUCAGCUCACCCAAUUGCUCUUCAGCGCUUACUUUAAGAGCACCAUCACCACCAUUGAGAGACGCUAUGGCCUUGACAGUCUGUCCACAGGAACCAUCUCCUCCCUCCAUGAGGUGGGGAAUGCAGUGCUGAUAGUGUUUGUCAGUUACCUGGGAAGUCGUGUCCAUCGCCCUCGGGUCAUCGGAUUGGGCGGCCUCCUGAUGGCCAUCAGUUCUCUGAUCCUGGCCCUUCCUCACUUCCUGUCCCAGCCCUAUACUUAUGACUCUGUCCUGAAAGCGAGCAGGCAGGACAUGUGCAAUUAUCACACCCUGCCUGAGAAUGCGUCCACUGCUAGGAGUUGUGGUAAGCAGGACAGUCACAUGCUUGUGGAUAACUCUAAGCUGUGGGUGCUCAUGGCCACCGCCCAGCUGCUGUUCGGAAUCGGUUCCGUCCCAAUCCAACCCUUCGGAAUCUCAUAUGUGGACGACUUUGCUGGGCCUGGAAACUCCCCUCUGUACAUCGCCAUUCUUUUUUCUGUUGCUGUGUUUGGGCCUGCCUUCGGCUACCUCAUGGGUUCUGUUGUUCUGCGCAUCUAUGUGGACGUGGACAGAGCUGACACAGCAGGAGCCAAAGAGCUGAGCGUUACUGACCCUCGCUGGGUUGGCGCGUGGUGGAUGGGUUUGCUGAUCUCUGCAGGGGGAUUGGCUCUCACCUCUCUUCCAUACUUCUUCUUCCCAAAAGCCAUGCAUGUUGAGAAUGAGAUUGGAAGUGAGGAUGAAGUUUUGAAGGACAACCGCAAGAAUUCUGAUGUCUCCAUGCUGGCUUUCCUCAAAAUGUUUCCACGGCUGUUUGUGCAGUUGUUGCUGAGUCCGCUCUUCUUGCUACUGGUUCUGACUCAGUGCUGUUUCUCCUCUGUGAUGGCUGGACUUGCCACUUUCCUCAACAAGUUUCUGGAGCGACAGUAUAGCACCUCUGCCGCAUACAGCAGCCUGCUGAUUGGUGCUGUGAAUCUGCCGUCCGCGGCUUUUGGGAUGUUACUGGGGGGUGUGAUCAUGAAGCGUACAGGCCUGUCACUCAAAGCCAUCCCUCGAUUCUCCGUAGUGUUCCUCUCUAUCUCAGUGCUUCUCUGUAUCCCACUCUUCUUCAUGGGCUGUCCCACCCAAACUGUGUCUGGUGUUUACCACAAUAAAGAAGGUAACAGGUCUACAGAACUGACUUGCAACACCAACUGCGCCUGUCACAUAAGUUUCUUUAACCCAGUAUGUGGAGCUGACAACAUCGAGUACAUUUCACCCUGCCAUGCUGGCUGCACCAACUAUACCCUGGACUCCAGCGGCUUGCGAGUCCAGACCUUCAGUAACUGCAGGUGUGUUAAGGUGGGUGCUGGAGUGGACACUGCCCGGCCAGGCUCGUGUGACAACAGCUGCCCACACCUGCUCCUCCCAGUCAUCUUCCUCAUCUCUGUAGCAGCCCUGGUAGCCAGUCUCACGCACAACCCUAUCUACAUGAUGGUGCUCAGAACAGUGCCUCAGGAGGAGAAGUCUUUUGCUAUUGGAGUGCAGUUCCUGCUCAUGAGAGUUCUUGCGUGGCUGCCUGCCCCAGCCCUGUUUGGGGUGACCAUUGACUCCACUUGCAUUUGGUGGAGAAGCGCCUGUGGAAAGAAGCUGGGCUGCGGUUACUAUGACAACAACCUCCUUAGAAACAGAUAUUUUGGCCUGCAGGUGGCUUUCAAAGUAAUGGGUAUUGCCUUGAUGGGUGUGACAGGCUGGAAAGUUGGAAGAACCCGUGAGUACAGUCUGGAGAAGAAGCCUGAGGGGCCGAUGUGAUGGUUCAGUCUCCUACCAGCACAUACUCUGCAGGAGACACAUGUCUCUGAGGGCCCACUGCCAGCCCAGAACCCUGGACACCUCUCAUCUGAAACCAUCUCCAUUCAUGGCCCUGCUGAAAGGGCACCUGCCCUCAUGGUUGGAUGGUUGGAUGGACGGAUGGACGGAUGUCAUUUUUACCUUCCAUUUUGCACUGACUAGCAGCCGUCGCCUGUACAAUCCCUCCCUAAAGGCGAGCCAUAUUGGACCUGGGGACUUAGUGCCAGUUUUCACCCAUUCACUGGUUUAUGAAAAGAUCAGUGACAUACAUUUGUCAGUACUAUGUGGUUGGUUGGAAAGCCUUGAGUGACCACUCAUUUAUCAAAAAAAAAACAAAACAUUUAGAAGGAAAUGUGUCCUGUACCUCAAUUCAGCUGUACUAGAUGCAUUUAGUGGGUUCCUGAUUAGAGGGAUAUUUUAGUAGCUGGAUAUGUGAAGAAAAACUGAUGUAAGUUGUGACGUCCAAUGAAAACACACAAUUAUGUGUUAAAUCUGUUGCCUGUUUGUGUAAUAUGUCAGUUACACUAUUUAAGAUAACCUGCAAAAGCCAGAGCAAUAAAAAUUUUACUGUGUUACUGUCAACAUAUUUUAUAAGAACAAGUGUCUUCAGACGUGUAAAUGUAUAUUUUUGUACAUAAUAUAAAAUGUUUUAUAAUAUAACCUUAAUUUGCACACAAACUGUUGUAAUCGAGCCUUAUGCACUUUUUCAUGUCCGUUUCUUUUUAAUGGGGGUAGCACCAUACUACUCCACACUUAGCCCAUCACAGCGGUAUCAUACAAUAUAUAGUGUUUAUAUAUUAGCGCCUAAAUUAUUUUUGAAGACAAUAAAAUUGAUGUAUAGUGUCA